AUGGGAAACUCGCAAGGGAAACAGGUGGCUGCCACCGAUGAGUUGAACUUGAAUCAGUUUCGUUUGUUGCGGGUGGUUGGCAAGGGUGCGUUCGGCAAGGUUCGCAUCGUGGAGAAGAAAGACACCGGGUUGACGUUUGCGCUGAAAUAUAUUCGGAAGGAAGAAGUUGUCCGGUCGGAAAGCGUACGAAAUAUCAUCCGUGAACGGCGGAUGCUCGAGCACCUCAACCAUGCCUUCCUUUGCAACUUGAGAUACAGCUUCCAAGACAUUGAAUAUAUUUACAUUGUGGUGGAUUUGAUGAACGGCGGUGACCUCCGUUUUCACAUCUCGCGGAAAUGUUUUACGGAGGAGGCAGUGAGGUUCUGGAUAGCUGAGCUGGGUUGCGCUCUGAGGUACAUUCAUUCGCAGGGAAUUAUCCAUCGUGACGUCAAGCCGGACAAUAUUCUGCUUGACUCGGAGGGGCAUGUUCAUUUGGCCGAUUUUAACGUCGCCUCCGACUUUCGACCCGGCAAACCUCUCACAAGUAAAUCGGGAACACUGGCGUAUCUCGCUCCGGAAGUGUAUGAAGGAGGCGGAUACUAUUGCGAAGUUGAUUGGUGGUCACUUGGAGUUACAUUCUACGAGUGUAUCUACAACAAGCGCCCGUUCGAAGGUCGGAGCCAGGACGUGCUCAGCGAAAAUAUCAAAAAGGCGCAACCAAAGUACUACGUCACCAACCCCGCGGUCUCCGUUCCCUGCCUCCGAGCAAUGUCGGCGUUUAUGGAAAGAGAUCGGUCGAAGCGAAUUGGUGCGAUCAGCUUUGAGAGCUUCACUUCGCAUAUGUUUUUCGCCGACCUCGACUUUGUUGCCCUGGAGGCGAAGGAAAUCCCGCCCGUGUUCCGUCCAUCCAGCGACAAGACCAACUUUGACGCCACAUAUGACUUGGAGGAACUACUCUUGGAGGAGGCGCCGCUCGAGGCCAGAGCUCGCCGGCAAAAACCGAGAGCCGAGUUGCGGGAGGAUGCGACGGCUAAGGAAAUUCGCGAGGACGAACUGCAUCGUCUCAUUGAGACGAUGUUUGAGCCCUUCGAUUAUACAAAGGUGAACUACGUAGGCAACGCUGCGGAUGCGAUUGCAGCAUCAACAAACCCGGAAGAAUGCCUGCCGAUCCACCAAACGCAGUCGUCAACGCAUUCCCGACAAGUCUCACAGCCCGACCUCUCCAGAAACUCGCCUCCUCUCCGAAACGAUGGCUCUGUCAGUCACUUGACUCAGCCUGACACCCCGUCUCCUCUCAGCGAAGCCCCCACGCAAGCCUCGCUACCUCCUCCACCCCCACCGCCGGCCCCGCCCUUCCACCGUCCCUUGCCACCGACUGCCGUGCGCCCGCGGGGCGCGACCCGGAAACAAAGCAAGGGCGGAGGGGUACAGAUGGUGUUGGAAGAAGCGGGUAGCUGGAGCGAGCUUGCGGAUCAUAGCUCCACCCUGCCUGCCGAAGGCUACGAUACCGGGUCAGUCAAGGGGAAGGGCUCCAAUAGCGGCAUGCUCGCCUUCCUCAGCAGGAAGAAGGGGCGCGAUAGGAGCCCCAAGCCCCAGGAGCCCGGUGUGCUGGGUAAAGAAGGCGCCCGGCAGAUUAUCAGCUGA